UGCGUCACCCCGGCCAGGGGGCGGGGUGGGGCUGCGAGGGCACCGUUCAGAGCCCGGCCUCCCGGGCUCCAGGAGCCCGGGAACCGGGAUAAGCGGGACGGCGGCCGCGGCGACUGGGGGUGCGCGGUGGAGCGUGCCCUGUAUUUUCUAUACGGGUUCCGGGGCCGGCAGCGGCGCGCCGAGCGGAGAGGAAAGUGCGGCGGCCCUGGAACCUGGAUAUCGCGCGAGAUUUGUGACCCAGAAGCAAGCCUCUCACCUCAGCUGUGGCUCUCGGUGCUGGCCAAAAGCCAACUUCAUGUCUGAGUGCACGAGCAACAGUUGGCAAUGGAGAGCUUGGGGCUGCAGACGGUGACCCUCAGUGAUGGGACGACAGCCUAUGUCCAGCAAGCUGUCAAAGGAGAGAAGCUGCUCGAAGGGCAAGUGAUCCAACUUGAGGAUGGGACCACUGCAUAUAUUCACCAAGUGACAGUACAGAAAGAACCUCUUUCCUUUGAGGAUGGACAGCCCGUUCAGCUGGAAGAUGGCAGCAUGGCUUAUAUACACCGAACACCCAAAGAGGGCUAUGACCCCAGCACCCUGGAAGCCGUGCAGCUGGAAGAUGGCUCCACUGCCUACAUUCACCAUCCCGCGGCUGUGCCAUCCGAAAGCACUAUCCUGGCUGUGCAGACAGAGGUGGGCUUGGAGGACCUGGCCACAGAGGACGAUGAGGGCUUCAGUGCAGACACAGUGGUGGCCCUGGAGCAGUAUGCCAGCAAGGUUCUGCAUGACAGCCAGGAUCCCCAUAAUGGCAAAGGGCACCAGGUUGGGGACAGAGCAUUCCGCUGCGGCUACAAGGGCUGUGGGCGUCUCUAUACCACUGCUCAUCACUUAAAGGUGCAUGAGAGAGCUCAUACAGGUGACCGUCCAUACAGGUGUGACUUCCCCAGCUGUGGAAAGGCCUUCGCCACAGGAUACGGGCUAAAGAGUCAUGUGCGUACACACACUGGUGAGAAACCAUAUAAGUGCCCAGAGGAGCUGUGCAGCAAGGCCUUCAAGACCUCAGGAGACCUGCAGAAGCAUGUCCGGACCCACACUGGUGAACGCCCGUUCCGAUGCCCCUUUGAGGGCUGUGGUCGCUCCUUCACCACAUCUAAUAUCCGCAAGGUACAUGUGCGCACCCACACGGGUGAGCGGCCCUACACCUGCCCUGAGCCCCACUGUGGCCGUGGCUUCACCAGUGCCACCAACUACAAGAAUCACGUGCGCAUCCACACAGGGGAGAAGCCAUACGUUUGCACGGUGCCAGGCUGUGGGAAGCGCUUCACCGAGUACUCGAGCCUGUAUAAGCACCAUGUGGUGCACACACACUGCAAGCCCUACACCUGCAGCACCUGCGGCAAGACAUACCGGCAGACCUCCACCCUGGCCAUGCACAAGCGCAGUGCCCACGGCGAGCUGGAGGCCACGGAGGAGAGCGAGCAGGCCCUUUAUGAGCAACAGCAGCUCGAGGCCGCCUCUGCAGCCGAGGAAAGUCCACCACCUAAACAACCCCGCAUUACUUACCUUUCGGAGGUGAAAGAAGAGGGUGAUGACAUCCCAACCCAAGUGGCCAUGGUGACUGAGGAGGACGGGGCCUCCCAGGUGGCUCUGAUCACUCAGGAUGGUGCCCAGCAGGUCAGUCUGUCCCCGGAAGACCUGCAGGCUCUGGGGAGUGCCAUCAGUAUGGUGACCCAGCAUGGCAGCACCACCCUUGCCAUCCCCAGUCAUGACGACAACCUUGCCACAUCUGGCACACAUACGGUCACCAUGGUCAGCGCCGAUGGCACCCAGACGCAGCCCGUCACCAUCAUUACCUCUGGGGCUGUAGUGGCGGAGGACUCAAGUGUAGCAUCCCUUCAUCAUCAACAGGUGGCGCUGCUGGCCACAGCCAAUGGAACACACAUUGCAGUACAGCUGGAGGAGCAGCAGACUUUAGAGGAAGCCAUCAGUGUGGCCACUGCUGCCAUGCAGCAAGGAACCGUGACCCUGGAGACCACGGAGUCAGAGAGUGGCUGCUGAGCCCAGAGAACUGGGUCCCACAGGGUGUUGGAGGAAAUGGCAUGCCGCAUCCUUGCCUCCAAGGGCUGACUCGUGGAAGGUGACCAUGUACGUCUCCAGGGCAAGAAGGCAGCGGGAAAACGGCCUAACUUGGAGCUCUGCCCAAGAGGAGGACUGGCAGCUGAAAUCAGAGGAGUGCAUCAUCUUCAGGAGCUAAGGAGGACAGGCUUGGUCAUCAGGCUGCACUGGGCUGUCCACCCCUCAAAAUCAACUGGGUGCCCAUUCUCCCUCUAGGAACACCCUUCCUGCCCUCAGUCUACUCCCCUUCUCAGGUGGACAUAGGGGCUGCUGGAGACUGGUCCUCCACUCUGACUAGUCACUGCCCAUAGGGUAAGAGGGCAGACAGCUCUUCAGCCCCAUUUGGGGCAGAGCAGAUCCAGCCCUGCCCCUCCCAGCAAUAACCACCUCCCGCAGGCCAGCCAAGAUGCCUGGUCACUGGCAGCAGGGACUUCCUGCCACUGCAAUCAGAAUUGCUCAGGGGCCUGUGGCUGGAGAAGGGUGCCCAGCCCCCACCUCCCAGCUUCUCCCCAACCUCUCUGUGGCUAAAAUGCAGGGAGCACCUUUGUACAUACUGAGGAGUGGAUUUAAUUUGUUUUGUUUUGUUUUUUUAAUUCCAUUUUGAUAUUUUUUUUUCCCCUGCUCUGAGCAGUGGUGGCAAACGGGUGAAUGAGUAUUUAAUAAAAGUUCCAAGUUUC